AAGCCAGGAAGUAAACAUUGACUGACUGUUUUUGCCGGGUGGUUUUGGGGUCAACAGCAGUGGGACUCGGUGAGGAACUAUUGUGAGUUUGACGGGGCGCGGGGGACGAGCAGGAGGUCUGGAAAAUCCCGGAAAGAGUCCAUGUAACCAUGUCGGCGGCAGCUGUGGAAGCAGGUAAUGCCGCCCCUCUGUCGGGGUCCAAAGAAAUGAGUUUAGAGGAACCAAAGAAGAUGACCAGAGAAGACUGGAGAAAGAAGAAGGAGCUGGAAGAACAGCGAAAACUGGGUAAUGCUCCUGCAGAAGUUGAUGAAGAAGGAAAAGACAUCAACCCUCAUAUUCCUCAGUAUAUUUCUUCAGUGCCAUGGUAUAUCGAUCCAUCAAAAAGACCUACUUUAAAGCACCAGAGACCACAACCAGAGAAACAAAAGCAGUACAGUUCAUCUGGCGAAUGGUACAAGAGAGGUGUAAAAGAGAAUUCUGUAACAACCAAAUAUCGCAAAGGAGCUUGUGAAAACUGUGGGGCCAUGACACACAAAAAGAAAGACUGCUUUGAGAGACCUAGGCGAGUUGGAGCAAAAUUUACAGGUACUAAUAUAGCUGCAGAUGAACAUUUCCAGCCUCAGCUGAUGUUUGACUAUGAUGGGAAGAGGGAUCGGUGGAAUGGCUACAAUCCAGAAGAACACAUGAAAAUUGUUGAAGAAUAUGCCAAAGUUGAUUUGGCAAAACGAACACUGAAAGCCCAGAAACUCCAAGAAGAAUUAGCCUCAGGAAAAUUAGUGGAACAGGCUAAUUCUCCAAAACACCAGUGGGGAGAAGAGGAACCAAAUUCCCAGACGGAAAAAGAUCAUAAUAGCGAAGAUGAGGAUGAAGAUAAAUACGCAGAUGAUAUUGACAUGCCUGGACAGAACUUUGACUCUAAGAGACGAAUUACUGUCCGGAAUCUCAGGAUUCGAGAAGAUAUUGCAAAAUAUUUGCGGAAUUUAGAUCCAAAUUCUGCUUACUAUGACCCCAAGACGAGAGCAAUGAGGGAAAAUCCCUAUGCCAAUGCAGGAAAGAAUCCAGAUGAAGUGAGCUAUGCGGGAGAUAACUUUGUUAGAUACACAGGAGAUACCAUUUCAAUGGCUCAGACACAGUUGUUUGCUUGGGAAGCCUAUGACAAGGGAUCUGAAGUGCAUCUGCAGGCUGAUCCUACAAAACUAGAGCUGUUGUAUAAGUCUUUCAAAGUCAAAAAAGAAGACUUCAAAGAACAGCAGAAAGAAAGCAUCCUGGAAAAGUACGGUGGCCAGGAACACUUGGAUGCCCCUCCAGCUGAAUUACUGUUAGCUCAGACUGAAGACUAUGUGGAAUACUCAAGACAUGGGACAGUCAUCAAAGGGCAGGAGCGGGCUGUCGCCUGCUCCAAGUAUGAGGAGGAUGUGAAGAUCCACAACCACACACAUAUCUGGGGAUCUUACUGGAAGGAAGGCCGAUGGGGAUACAAAUGUUGUCACUCUUUUUUCAAGUAUUCCUAUUGUACUGGAGAUUCUGGGAAGGAGAUUGAUAAUUCAGAGGAAUGUGUUAUAAAUGAUAUAACUGGAGAGGAGUCUGUGAAAAAACCUCAAACUCUAAUGGAGAUGCAUCAGGAAAAACUAAAAGAGGAGAAAAAGAAAAAGAAGAAAAAGAAGAAGCAUAGAAAGAGCAGUUCAGAUAGUGAUGAAGAAGAAAAGAAACAUGAAAAAUUGAAAAAGGCACUAAAUGCAGAGGAGGCCCGCCUUCUUCAUGUCAAGGAGAUUAUGCAGAUUGAUGAGAGGAAGCGGCCUUAUAAUAGCAUGUAUGAAACUCGGGAACCCACUGAAGAAGAGAUGGAGGCCUAUAGAAUGAAACGUCAAAGACCAGAUGACCCAAUGGCCUCCUUCCUUGGACGGUAGUAACUAGUCAUUGGCAGUAACCAAGAUAGACACAGCAAAAUGUUUUUCAGCUUCCUGAUGAUUCUUAAUGGAACAAUCCAUGUCUAUGCCUCUUGCUGCCUGACUUUAGUAAAGCUUCCAGAAGUCUUAUGGUAAAAUCAUUUCUUUCCUACUGAAGAAACAAAGAAGAAAAACAAAGAGGAGGUACAUUAAGUGCAGGUUAAGAUUUUUAUUUCCAGUUUUAUAUUAGUGAUGUGUAAAGAGGCCUUGACUCUCUACCUAGCAAGAAUGUCUUCUACUCAGCAUUUAUUAAGUCUCAGAUUUUACCUCCUCACUUUUUAUGGCCCUUUCAUCUAGUGUUAGCACACAUUUUAAAGGCAGAUGAGUUAUUCUUCCUCAAAUCCAGGGCUUCAUUUUCUAAAUUACUGCUAACUAUAAUUAGAGUUACUUGAUAAUCAUUUGUUUUUGUCUUCUGAGGUUUUCCUAGUCUGAAGCUAAAAAAAAUUAUUCUAUUUUGGGCUUUUGGUUACUGAAAGAAAAUCUGUAGAAUAUGUAAAUAACUUUAUCCCCCAUGUCAAUCUGUGUAGUGAUAAUACUGUUUUACACUUGGUUAUAAAAUACUGGUAUUUAAAAUAUUUCCUUGUACCUUACCACCCAGAACUAAAUGGGUUAAACACCUUUGAAUGGAAAAAUAACUAUUUUGGUAUCCUUGAGUCAGUGUCAAUUGAUCAGUGCUAGGUCUUUUACCAUUCUGGACAUGAGCCUUUAGACACAGAAAUGCUUUCCUUUAUCAUACAGGACAUACUUCGUAAUGUUAUUUGUUGUUUUAAUUAUGGUUGCCUUUAUGUAACAAUCAUGAAUAUUAGAUUCUAAAGGAUUGUAGAAUAUCCGUUUUAUCUCCUCUUUAUAGCCAGUAGGUGUUGCUUUGUAAAAUUUGCAAAAAGCAAAAUCUGAUGUCAAAGGUUUCUUUAAAGAAUUACAAGGACAGUUUGUAGGGCUUUUGGUAACUGAGAUUGCCAUGAUCCCCAGGCGUCUAAGAAUGCCGUGAAGGUAAUACUUACAGUGAGAGGGGAUCAUUGAAAAGACCGUUUAAAACCGUAGCGUAAGUACAUUGACUUUUAACAGCUUACUGGCUUUGCUGGGCUACCAAGCACACGAGAAUUCUGUAUUGUUAGCAUCUCAAAAAUAGUGCUGAUGGGAGAGUAGUUGAAUCAGAUUGUCAGGUACUAUGGUGCACAUGGUGUCUAGACUCAAGUAUGAAAUUGAGGUAGCAAUGCAAGCUAAUUCUUACCUACUUUAAUAAUGUCAAAAAUUUGUUUUCAUAUUCCUACCUUAACAUAGGUUCAGCAUAAAGUCUGACAUUGGUGUCUAUUUUGUAUUUUAUUUAUCUUUUGUUAAUAAAGAUACAUAAUUGAGAAUAUGUAACUGUGAGUAGCUGAUAGCAUUAUUUCAAAUAUUUGUCAGAAAAGUGGUUUAUAGUACUGGCAGAGGGAGUUAAUUUCAUGAGCUUCAAUUAGAAAAUUUAAGGAUCCUUUAACUCAAAAAACAUGUCUCCUGACUUUUCUGAGUCUCUACUCUCUUCUGUGAAACCUAAUUUACUCUGAUUCUAGGGCAAACUCUAGAAGAAUACCUAAAAUCAUAUCUUAUCACUUUCAUUUUGAAAAAAAAAUAACAUCUCAAAGGAUACUCAAGAUACUGGCUUUGGUUUUAUUAUCUCAAUCAAAAAUAGCUGCCUUUUUGAGUGCUGGAACUAUGUGCUUUAAUUUAUUAUUAUGUUAUCUCUGCAAAACAAUGGGGUGAGUAAUUGAUGAUAUCUCUAUUUUGCAAUAAGCACAUGGGCUUACUGAGUCCAGGUAGCUUGCUCAAGUCCUAACAGUUAAGUCAGGGCCAGGACGUAAAGCCAAGUAUCUCUGACUGUAAAGCCUAUACCUUUCUUUAGUAUCUUAAAGCCCUGGUUUCUGGAUCAGGAAGGCUGUUCUUCUGCAAUUUCUUCCAUUGAUAGAAACCUUAAGCAGGGGCUCAAUCUUUAUGAGGUUCACUCAAAACACCUGAAAAUAAAGCAUCUCUCCCACUUUCUUUGACAUUAUCCCCUUCCACGGCCUUGUAGAAUGCUUCUAACAAGAUUGACUAUACAAAAAUGAAUAAAUUGUUCUGAAGUUUGUAAUAAUUCUGGAAUGAAAUACCCCCAAAAUAGAAAAGAGGUCUAUAUUUGGGUUUCUUUCAACAAUGUUUGCUCGUUUUUAUUUUGGGGUUUUUCCUCUAAAAUCUGUAAUGUGGGUUUAAGAUCCUGUUGUUAAAAAGUGUUAAAUAAAAUCUUCUCUAAGAUG